AUGGAAGUUGUGGCCCAUUUCCCUAUUACCAAAACACUUGACCUCAUUCAAGAUUUUGGAUUCCCUACAGCUGCAACCAGGGUAAGGGUUUCUCAAGACUUCAAUUACAUAGCUUCAAGCGGAGUUUAUCCUCCUCAAGCUAGAAUUUUUGAUCUCUCUGAGCUUUCAAUGAAAUGCCAAAGAAAUUUUGAUGCAGAAAUUGUCCAAUUUUAUUUUCUCUCUGAAGACUAUAAAAAACUCGCAUUUUUAUUGGACAAUCGCUCAAUUGAGCUUCAUGCCCAAUACGGAAAGCAUUAUUCAACCAGAAUUCCUCGAUUUGGAAGGGACAUGACUUACAAUCCUUUUAACUGUGAAUUGUAUAUUGUUGGAGCCACAAAUGAAGCUUAUAGGCUGAACUUAGAGCAAGGUAGAUUUAUGGCUUCUUUAGAGUCAGAAAUUUGCAAUGGACUUAAUGUAUGCGAACUUAACAAAGAGUUGAAAUGGAUUUUAGCGUGUGGAGGAGAAGAUGGUCUUAUUGAAUGCUGGGAUUUGAGGCAGAGGAAUAGAAUAUCUCUGAUAGAAACUAAUGGAGGAGAAAUUUCUGCUUUGAGUUUUGAUGAUGAAGGGCUGUAUAUGGGUGUAGGGCAUAACUCUGGGGUUGUUCAAAUUUAUGAUAUUAGGUACAGUAAGCCUAUUUACUCAAUUAAACACCACAAUAAAACACAAAUAAAAGGUGUUAAAUUUCAUUCAGCUGGGCAGCAUAUUCUCACAAGUGACACAAAAGGAACAAAAAUAACCAAUAAAAUUAAUGGGAAAUUACUCACAACUAUAGAAUCUGAAGCUAACAUUAAUGACAUAGAGUUAUGUGGAAAAUCAGGAUUAAUCUUUAUUCCAAAUGAAUCACCCAAAAUUGAGGUCCAUUUUAUUCCAGCCUUAGGUCCUGCUCCUACAUGGUGCCCAUUUUUAGAAAACUUGACGGAAGAAUUUGAAGAGAAAAAGCCAAAAUCUGUGCUAGACAAUAAACAGUUUGUAACAAUUGAAGAGCUUGAAAAGUAAUUUCUAUUUAGACUUAAUGGAACUGAUUUAAUUGGCACAGAGGAACUUGAAGCAUACAUGCACGGGUAUUUAAUGGAUACGAAACUUUAUUAUAAGCUUCAGGCACUUGCAAUGCCUUUCGAUUAUAAUGAAUACAGAAAAGAAAGAAUUAAAAAGAAACUCGAGGAGAAAACAGCGGAAAGAAUCACAAUUAGAAAAAGACUACCAAAAGUCAAUAAAAACUUAGCACAAGAACUACUGUCCGAUGAAAAAAAUAAAAAGAAAGUUAAAGGAAAAGAGCUUCUUGAAGAUAGCAGAUUUUCAGCGCUUUUUAAUGAUGAAAAAUUCCAAAUAAAUACAGAAUCUGAAGAUUAUUUGAGAUUGCAUAGGAGACAGCCUAAGGAAAAAGUAGAAGAGAUCAAAGAAGAUGAAAGCGAUGAGGAAAGCGAUGAAAAUAUCAUUGCAAAAGUACCGAAAAAAAGAAAAAUUGAUGAAGGUGCAGAAGAAAUAGAGGAUGGGAUGAGUGAUGAGGAAAGGCCAUUUAGAGAAAGAAUGGAAGAAGACAGCCAUGAAAAGAAAAAGCAUGGUGUUAGAGUGAAAAAGUCAAAAGUUCUCAAAGAAAAGCCAGACAUGAAGAACAGGAGACCUUUUGUCCCAUUACACAAACUUCUUAAAUCGAAAUAA